GCUUCUCUUCGCGCUGACGUCGAAUCGUAGAAGAAGACGCCUGUCAAACACAAGCUCCUCCCAUCCGGCCUGUUGUGGGUGAGAUCGCACUUGUCUACAGUAGAACUGCUUCGGGAAUAGAGCAAGGAAUGUUCCAAUGUCAGCCGACCAGGAAGCACAAGAAGACGAGCUGCUUGCUCUAGCGAGUAUCUACGAUGAAGAGGAGUUUCGUCGAGCCGAGUCGGAGAAGGAGGGCGAGAUCCACCUGUGUCUGGAGCUUCCUCCUCACUUCAAGCUGAUCGUCGACGGACAGGACUCCACAGAGCAUCACGUAUCAUUUCUACCUCCGCUGGUUCUGAGCUUCGAGUUCCCGGCUGAAUACCCUUCAGCUGCGCCGCCGCUUUUCACCAUCAGCUCCAAGUGGCUUACAAGAGUCCAGAUCACCGCUCUGUGCCGGAGGCUGGACGAGCUUUGGGAGGAGAACCAGGGCAACGUGGUUCUCUUCACCUGGAUGCAGUUCCUCAAGGAAGAGACUCUGGAGUUCCUGGGCAUCCAGUCGCCGCUGAAAAUCCAGAGCGCCGAGAGCGAGCCGGACGCGGACGCUGCUGCAGAAAAAGGCAAAGCGCAGGGCCUGGACCCGAGAGCCGUGCAGGAGGUGGACGCCGCCUCAGAUAUCCUCACGCUGCUGCUGGACUUCGACGAGGCUCAGCAGCAGAAGGUGUUCGACGGGAAGGUGUUCUGCUGCGGCAUCUGUUAUUCGGAGAAGCUGGGAUCCGACUCUCUGCUCUUCAAAGAGUGCCGGCAUGUUUACUGCAAGGCCUGCGUCAAGGAGUACUUUGAGAUCCAGAUCAGAGACGGAAAAGUCCAGUGCCUUAACUGCCCUGAGCCAAAGUGCAUGUCCAUGGCCGCUCCUUCACAGGUGAAGCUCCUGGUGGGCGAGGACGAGUUUGCGCGCUACGACCGUCUCCUGCUGCAGUCGAGUCUGGACCUGAUGGCGGACGUGGUGUACUGUCCUCGUAUGAGCUGCUGUAUGGCGGUGAUGGUGGAGCCCGACUCGACCAUGGGCAUCUGUCCCGCCUGCAGAUACGCCUUCUGCACGCUCUGUAAGAGGAGCUAUCACGGCCUCUCUCACUGCAUAGCGACCGGCGAAGAUACGACCCUGGACCACAAAACCAGUCAUAACGACCCUGAUAUGAGGACAGAGAGAAGUUUGGAGUCGCUGAGUGACGAUGAGCUCCGUAGUUUGCGGGAUGAGUAUAUUUCCGCGAGCGAAGAGGGGAAGAAGUUCCUGGAGAAGCGCUUUGGCAGACGGGUGAUUCAGAAGGCGGUGGAGGAGUCUUUCAGCACGGACUGGCUGAAGGAUAACUGUAAGCAAUGCCCCUGCUGUGGCACUAACAUACAGAAGGUGCACGGCUGUAAUAAGAUGACCUGCUCGUCGUGUCAGAAGUAUUUCUGCUGGAUCUGUCUGGGAGCUCUGAGCAGAGUAAACCCUUACAGUCACUUCAACAACCCCAGCUCACCCUGCUACAACCAAUUGUUUCAAGGAAUGGCGAUGGAGGAUGAAGAAGGCUUUGGGAGUGAUGAAGAGAACUAAUCCACUAUGAAUGAAAUGCUAUCAGGACAUUAUCCAGGCAGGGUUUUCGUGCACAUCGAAGCGGACGCUCAGGUCCAGAGCAUCAAGCGUCUCUCCAUUGGAUUAACCUGCCUUUUUUAGCUAAAUGUUUUUUUAUUUGCAGUUUCACACAAUCCAGAUGCCACUUGACGAUGCUUCUCUCGUGCAUCCAAUCGUCCGUUCAGAUUGUUUUAUUUAAAGAUUGUAAGCGUUUUCACUGAGAAGUGCAUCCAUGCAGACCUACAGAUUAUAUCCUAUAUCUUUUAGUUGAUAAAUCUGCUUCCUUUGCUGGAAUUGUCUUUUAAUAAUAUUCAUUGUUUAUGUUAGCUGUCCUCAAUGUUAAUAAUGUACAUUCAAUCUUUUGGACACAUGUUGUAUGAUUGAGAAAUGCAGGAUGGAUCUGGCUGCAAAAUAAAUGUUAAAUGAGUUCUUG